UUCAUUCAUUUAAACACAUACACAACACGAAAAGCUCUCUCUCUCUCUCUCUCUCUUUCUCUCUCGCUGUCUCUCUCUCUCUCUCAUUUGAUCUUUGCAAAUGGAGUUUGGAAGUAUCCUUCAAUUUCUUGAGAAGAAGAAUAUUUUGAUCACUGGUGCCACUGGGUUUUUAGCAAAGAUUUUUAUAGAGAAGAUAUUGAGAGUGCAACCAAAUGUGAAGAAGUUGUAUCUUCUUUUAAGAGCUCCAGAUGCUAAGUCUGCUUCUCAACGCUUGCAAAAUGAGCUAUUAGGGCAGGACUUGUUUAGACUUGUAAAAGACAAAUGGGGUGCAAAUCUAAAUUCUUUUAUUUCUGAAAAGAUUGUUCUUGUUCCUGGUGACAUAUGCUGUGGUAUGGACUUGGGUGUGAAAGAAUCUAACUUGAGGGAUGAGAUGUGGAAAGCAAUAGAUGUUAUUGUUAAUUUAGCAGCAACAACUAAUUUUGAUGAAAGAUAUGAUGUGGCACUUGAUCUCAACACAAUGGGAGCUAAGCAUGUCUUGUGCUUUGCAAAGAAAUGUGUUAGACUCAAAGUUCUUGUUCAUGUUUCUACUGCUUAUGUUGCUGGAGAGAAGGGAGGAUUACUACAGGAGACCCCUUAUCAAAUUGGCGAGACAAUUAAUGGAGUCUCUGGGCUAGACAUUGAUGAAGAGAAAAGAUUGGUUGAUGAGAAAUUAAAUCAACUUCAAGCUGAAGGGGCCACUGAUGAUGCUAUCAAAGAGGCAAUGAAGGACAUGGGCAUCCAAAGGGCAAAGCUCUAUGGAUGGCCAAACACAUAUGUCUUUACAAAGGCAAUGGGAGAGAUGAUUGUAGGACAUUUGAAGGAGAAUUUGUCCGUAGUCAUUUUACGACCCACCAUUAUAACAAGUACUUACAAAGAACCUUUUCCUGGUUGGGUUGAAGGGGUCAGAACAAUUGACAGUUUAGCCGUUGGUUAUGGGAAAGGAAGAUUGACAUGCUUUCUUGGUGAUAUUAAUGGAAUAGUUGAUGUGAUACCAGCUGAUAUGGUGGUGAAUGCAAUUAUUGUUGCUAUGACGGCUCAUGCUAAUCGACCAUCUGAAAACGCAAUUUAUCAAGUAGGUUCCUCAGUAAGACAUCCUUUGAGAUAUGCUAAUCUUCAAGAUUAUGGACUUAAUUACUUCACAAAGAAACCAUGGAUUGGUAAGGAUGGGAAGCCUGUCAAGGUUGGCAAGGUGAAGGUUCUCGACAGCAUGGCUAGCUUCCGUAGAUAUAUGGCAGUUCGUUACUUGCUAUUGCUAAAGGGACUAGAACUGGCAAAUACAGCAUUUUGCCACUAUUUUCAGGGCAUAUAUAGUGAUCUUAAUAGGAAGAUCAACUUUGUAAUGAAACUGGUGGAGCUUUACAGGCCAUACUUGUUCUUCCAGGGAGUGUUCGAUGACAUAAAUACUGAAAAACUACGAAUGGCAGCUAGAGAAAAUGGUACAGAGAUUGAUAUGUUCUAUUUCGACCCGAAAUCCAUUGAUUGGGAAGAUUACUUCGUUAAUGUUCAUAUUCCUGGUGUGGUAAAAUAUGUUUUCAAAUAAUGUUACAUGCAAAAAAGAAAAAAGGAAAAAGAAAAAAAGAAAGGAGGUUGUUUGUUCUCAAGAAAAUUGUAUCUACAUUUUUAUGUGGUAUGGGGAAUUAGUAAUAUCAUUUAUUCAUGGCAGGAUUACUUAAAAAUGUAUCUGCCAAAAUGAUUAGGAACUUUCUUAAAAGUGAGUUAAUUGUGAUAUGAUUCUGAUGUUUCCUGAUUAAUGUAGUUUAAAAUUGUUGUGAAAAGUUUGUUUAGAGUUAAAUAAUGAUUAUGUUCAUUAAUCUUUUCA